AUGCUGUUACUGUGUGCCUUCACGGCACUUUGUCUGGGUGUGGUUCAUAGUCAGUUUCCCAGGGAAUGCACCACGCAGGAAGCAUUAAAUAAUAAGUACUGCUGCCCAUACUGGAAAGAUGGCAGCCGCUGCGGCUCAAACUCCAGGCGUGGCCAGUGCCGUGGCUGGGUAGUACUGAAACCUAUAUUUCUUCUAGAUAAACAUCAUGGUUACGUUCGCCAAUAUGAUGACGAUCGCUUGGACUGGCCCAAUCAGUAUUAUGACCACACCUGCGAGUGCUUUGGAAACUAUAGUGGCUAUAACUGUGGUAGUUGCAGGUAUGGUUUCUUUGGAGAAAAAUGUGAGCGACAAAAGACUAAUGUUCGGAAAGAGAUUCGGCAACUCUCACUUGUUGAAAGGAAAAGGUUCUUUAGCUAUUUAGCUUUGGCCAAAACCACAAGAAGCAAAGACUUUGUUGUCCUGUCCACUGGAAACAGACACAACCGGGACACAUACCGCUUCGUGGAUGCCUCAGUCUAUGAGGUUUUUGCUUGGAUCCAUUACUACUCUAUGAAGGCAAUUAUGAAAAAUGGAACAUUUGAUAACAGUAAAACAUAUGCUUAUCAAGGUCCGGCCUUUCCUGGUUGGCACCGGCUGGGGCUCCUGUUUAUCGAGAGACAAAUCCAGCUUCUGACAGGCGAUGAAGGAUUUGCUCUCCCUUAUUAUGACUGGCGAGGAGACACCAACUGUUCUAUCUGUACUGAGGAUUAUGUUGGAGAGAGUGAUGCCCAGGGAAUUAUUUAUGAAUCCUCUUACUUAGCCGAAUGGAAAGUUAUUUGCAGUGAUUACAAUUAUAUUGAUGCCUAUUGUCCCGCUGCUGGUGAUUAUUGUCAGAGGGGAAGACUCCGCAGAAAGCCAGGCGCAGACCCUACGGUCACACGUCUUCCCUCCUUCCAAGAUGUGGAGGACACACUCAAAUGGAAAGACUUUGACACUCCUCCAUACAACGACAGGUCACAGAGAAGCUUCCGGAACUGCUUGGAAGGUUUCUUGAGGCCAUCAGAUGGGACAACAUUUGAACGUGGCAUGCAUAACUUGGUUCACGUGUACAUGGGAGGGACAAUGGCUGAAAUUCCAAUUUCUGCCAAUGACCCAGUGUUCAUGUUACACCAUGCUUUUGUCGACAAAGUAUUUCAAGUGUGGAUGCAGAGACAUAAUGCAACAAUGGCAAUGUAUCCUGAGAAUAACCAACCAGGACAAGGCCCCGCAGCGUGUGUUACGCCCUACUUACCAUGCUACAAAAACAGAGAAUUUCUAUCCCCCGACAGUGCCGCUGGUUACACAUACUCAGAGUAUCAGGGUCUGUAGUGUAAAGAGGCUUUUUGUUCUUUCACACAACCUUACAUUGUAGGUUUGUACAUCUGCCUUUUUGAUUAAUGCCUUUGUAAGAACCUACCUUAAUUAUUUCUUUUCCAUUAAGUUUGAUCAAACAGAUCUCUUCUAUGUAUACAGCUGAUUUAUGUCACAUCCAAAGGCAACAUAAACAACUAUUCCUGAAACAUGAAAAGCAUUGGUGAAAAAGAAAGAAUGUAAAAUGAUGCAGCAACAUUUGUUACAAAACAAUAAAUUAAAUGUGU